AUGAAGAGAGUUGUUCUAACAGCCAAUAGAGGCUCCCGGCCACAGGGCUCGAUCUGUCAAUUAUGUCAAUUCUCGACUUCAGCGCCCCGUCGUGGUCUCCCUAUCGCGCGUUUACCCAGCACUCGACCUGCCUCCAAUAUCCGUUUACAGCCCCCAAAACGAACCGAUAGAUUGGUAUUGGGCUCUCCUUUGCUUAUUUCCCGACGAUAUGCAUCCGCUACAACCACGAAAAUAAGCUCAGAGGAUGCAAUCAAAGAAAUUGCGCGGGAUGCAUCUGCCGUACAUCAAUCGAACGCGGUGGCCUCCAAUGAAGUGGUAGUAAAAUUGCUACAAAGAUGCCAGCGGGUCGCCGAGUCCCUUGUCUCGCGAGAACGGGAUCAAAGCGAGGGACCGUCAAAGGGCGAGAGCAGCGCGAUCUCUUCUUUGCUGGACCUGGAGGAGAAGCAAACUGCCGCAAAGAACAAAGGCAAAUCACAGUCCUCACAGCACCCGGACCCACGACUGGCAGAUUCAGUCUCAGAUAUUGCCAUUGCACUUUUGAAGGACGAAAAGGUCUUCAUUUCGCCUGAAGCUCUGGCCUCCUGCACCGAGACCCUGACUAUGCUACGACGGGCCGAGCACUUCCCCGAGAUCUUCCACCUUUACGCCUACAAGCCCGUCCCAGAGGAAGGCAGCUCUCCAGUGAAGUUACUGAAGCCCAAUCCCAAGAGUAUCAACAGCGCCGUUCCGGCGGAGUUGGCUAACAAGGCUCUUGGGAUCGCCAUUGCACAGAAAAACCUCUCGCUCGUGCUAGCCAUCAUCGACAACACUUUCUGCGCCCCCGCUUUCCACCGCGCGAAGAUCUUCAAGAAAGCCGGUGUCCCUCUAGUUGGUCUUGCAGCUGCCCCGGCUGCUUGCUAUGCUCUUGCAUCGUGGGCCGCAACAUUCCAGAACACAAUGGAUCCGAACGUAGCGACUGGUAUUGCGUUCGCCGCUACGCUGGCUUAUGUCGGCGGUACAUCCUCCAUGGGUAUCUUGGCUAUUACCACGGCUAACGAUCAGAUGGAGCGUGUGGUCUGGAUUCCUGGCAUCCCUCUACGGCAACGGUGGUUGCGCGAGGAAGAGCGCGCUGCCAUGGAUAGAGUUGCUUGCGCAUGGGGUUUUAAGGAUCCUUAUAUGAGAGGCGAGGAGGUUGGCGAAGAGUGGGCAAGUCUUCGUGAGUUCAUUGGUAUGCGGGGCAUGAUUCUGGAUAAGACCGAAUUGAUGCAAGGCAUGGAGUAA